AUGGAGCCGAUAGGAGCCCAUCCGAACAAACGGCGAUGCGGCAAGGACCGAAUUCGCGUUACUCGCGCCUGCGACCAUUGCAAGAAGAAGAAGCUGCGUUGCUCAGGCACAUUACCUUGCUCGCUGUGCCAACGCUCCCAGUUGAAAUGCGAAUACACCGCUGGUUACACUCGAGGAAAGGUGCCGCCGGUUCCCAUUGCUGCUAGCAUGGACGAUGCUGUCCAGCAUCGAGAGAAAUCAACGAAUUCCAGCAUAGAUAGUCUAUCUCCAUCAAACCCACAGGCCGCCGCACAGAAUGUCCUUCUGCAGCCAGAGAAACAAAUCAACCUCCCAUCAUCCGGCAACUCGCCGGAACCUCACCAAACUGAUAUGGAGGGGCAUUAUGUUGGCCCUGCUUCCGGUGUCUCAUUUCUGAUACGUGUACAGAAACGCCUUCAUGAGCAUAUUUCGUUCCCGCGAACUACACCAAUCUUCAGUUUCGGUGACGCGCCGCUCCCGAAAUACGACCCGUCUUUCCUGGUCAUUCCCCCUAAAGACGAAGCGAAGGGACUUCUGGAUAGAUAUUUUGACUUUGCUUUCCCAACUCACCGUUUCUUGCACCAACCACAGGCUGAGGCCUGGUUUGAAGACUUUUACCGAGACCCAGCGGUGGCCGAUUCUCCCAAACCCGGAGCUAUGGCGAUAAGAGCAUUGCUGCUCAUGGUCUUUGCCCACGCGAAGCAAUGCUUGCCGGAUUCUGAUAAAUCUCUAGGCUCCUGCGUUAACAGCGCAGUCUAUUUUGCCGCUUCAGAGCAUCAUCUUGCAGCCGAAACUGGACCCGUCCGACUUACCAGCGUACAAGCACGGCUGGCCCAGUGCUUCUAUCUCUUAGGUCAUUCUCGGAUAAAUCACUGCUGGAGCCUUUUUGGAACUACCGCACGGCUCGCCAUUGCGAUUGGCUUGCACCGCGGCCGGCGGCGAGAUCUCAAAGAGAACUUCGUCGAGCUUGAGUGCUCUAAGCGAGUGUUUUGGUGCAUGUAUAGCCUCGAUAAUUAUCUCAGCGCCGCGUUGGGCCGUCCCCGCAUCUUUCACGACGACGAGAUAGACCAGGAGCUGCCUGCUAUUGCUAAUGAUCACCAAAUUACAUCGAGCGGUGUUGCUCCCGCUGCUUCCAGCGUUCAGAGCAUUAUGUUGGCUCCUGUUUAUCAUGCUAAGCUUUCAAAGAUAAUUAGCGGGAUACUUCGUGAUCUAUACGGGAUACGACGAACGACUCUUCAGUCUCAAGCUGCAGCCGCCACAAGACAUGGAGCCGAUCUUGCACAAUGGCGGCACAAAAUUUCUGCAUUUGUUGACCUGCCGAGUGUCGACAUGUUGAUGCUCACCUAUCAGCGACAAUAUACAGUGUUGAAUCUUGCAUUCUAUCACGCUCAAAUCUUACUAUAUCGUCCGUUUAUCCUCAAAGAUUUCAAGAAUCUAGCAGUUCCGGCAUCCGAUGACAGCAAUCAUCUCUCCGAAUCUCUCAGCGAGAACACCCGACAUUGUAUAGAAGCUGCCAUGAAAAUCACUGGCAUUUUGCGUGAUCUGUGUGAAAACGGUAGAAUGUACCAUACCUUCUGGUUUACUCAGUACUAUGCUUUCUCAGCCAUUGUCGUAUUAUACGUCCAUUUUAUCCAGAGCUGUACACACAAAAACGUGGAGGCAAGCUUGACCCAUUUUCAAGCGGGCGAGAGAGCUCAACAACAUCUAGCAGCAUGUGGAGCGCAAUCAUCCUUUGCCCGGCGUUACGCCAUGGUGCUCGAAGAGCUUCGUAAGGAAGCGCAGAAGUGCAUCCAACAAAAACAACAACCGGUGGCUGUAGAUCGCUAUACGGGCCAGCAAGCUGCCAACAGCACUAACGUGAGAAUGAAUGGUUCUCAAGAGCCAAAUGUUUCCGGGGGAAGUUUCGGUCAUGAGCGGACAGGGUAUUCUCAAACUAUGUUCACACGCCCAGAACAAGGAGCCACCCACAAUUCGUCCCUAGAGCUCAUGAACAUGCAGCCGGAGCAGCACGCCUGGCUAGAAACCCUGCUACAAGACAACAGCCCAGGAACCUACGCUCCUAGUCUGACAGGCUGGGGAGAGUUCGACUCGCUGGCAUUAACGGGGUUGGGAGAAUUAGGAUAUCUAUUCUCUUCCGACAACCUGCCGGACUUCCAAGGUUGA